AUGGCAAGCCGCGUCCUAUUCCCGAGGCUGCAUCUUGUUGAAGUCGAAGACCAGUCAUGGUGUCCAUCCUGGCUCCGCGAACACUCUCACAAAGCCCUGGCCCGAACAUGGAAAGCGUCCACAUCGAAGAAAGGCUCGCCUGCGUCUCAAGCCGCUAAAAUCUUGAUUGACCAGCUUGGAGGUCUUCGCAAGACGGCAGAGUACACCAUCAUCGACUCUUGCGCAGGCGCAGGCGGACCAACACCUAUCAUAGAGCCUCGUAUGAACCAGCAAUUAAGAGCAGCUGGACUGAACAGUGUUCGCUUCGUCCUGACGGAUCUCUGGCCAGAUCUGAAGGCAUGGAAAGAGAUUGCUUGCAAGAGUGAGAAUAUCUCGUACAUUGAGGAGCCGAUCGAUGCAACGAAUGCCGUGCGACUAAGUGGUCCAGAACAUAAGGAAUGUCGGGUGUACAACCUCUGCUUCCAUCAUUUCGAUGAUGCCGCUGCAGAAAAGGUUCUGCUGAGCGCCGUGGAGACAUCCGACGCUUUCGUGUACGUUCGAUUCUGGCCUUUCAUCUCUUCACGCCAUAGCUUGCUAACGUUUUCAUGGGCAGCAUAUUCGAGCUGACGCAUCGCACCCUGUCUGCUCUUCUCAACACCACGUUCAUCAUCCUGUCUCCUUUCAUCACGACCCUGUACGAUUGGUGGUGGUCGCCAAUGCACCUCAUCUUCACAUAUGUGAUCCCGCUCAUCCCGCUCUUUUAUGCGAUCGAUGGUUACGUGUCGUGCGCUCGAUGCCGGACGCCAGAUGAAACUUGGAGCCUGCUUACUCGUAGCUCAGGACUGCACGUCAACGAAUGGCAGAGAAAGUAUGGGUGGGAACUCAGAGCUGGAGAACAGGUAGUUUUGCCGCCAUUUGGAACAUUGUACUGGUAUGCCGGCGUCAAAAAGGAGAAGGAGGCCCACUAA